AUGGCUUCUGAUACCACCGGCACUUUCAACUACUUCCUUGCUCCACCUGACGGCUCUCGGCCUUACACUAACAUCAACGCAGACAGUACCACGGGGAAGCACAUUCGCAACUGGAUCGAGGACCAGCAUGAUAUGCACAUUGAGAACGUGCGCGGAAAGGAGGAACUUUACAAACUUGACAAUGCUGGAUUUCAGUAUGGGCGAGAAGCGGCGAAGCAUACCACAAGUAGCAUUGUCAUCUUCGAUCACACCAUUCGUCGCCGUCGCCCAGGCGAGCCAGACGAUAGCCCACAGAAGCGUCAACCAGUCCCCCUGGUCCAUGUGGACCAAACGACUGCGUCCUCCAUUGCUCGUGUUCAUAGGCAUCUUCCUCCAACAGAAGCUCCUUCCCUGCUUCGCAGACGCUUCCAAGUCAUAAACAUUUGGCGCCCUAUAUCACAUGCAGCCGUAGAUUGGCCGCUUGCACUAUGUGACUUCCGGAGUGUCGAUGCCAAGAAUGACUUGCUGCCUGUCGCUCUUAUAUACCCUGACCGCGAGGGUGAGACAUAUGGAAUCACGUACAACCCAAACCACCAGUGGAAAUACAUGAAAGCAAUGACCCCAGAAGAGUUUGUUCUUAUCAAAUGCUUUGACUCGAUACAAGAUGGCAGUGUCGCGAGGCUCACCCCUCAUUCUGGCUUCCAAGACCCGAAUACUCCAGAGGGAACGCCGCUUCGGGAAUCCAUCGAGCUGAGAGCCCUGGUAUUCUAUGACUAGAACGCAUUUUGUGAAGUGGGGUUAAGAAAUUAACAAAGAAUUCAUACCGCAUUUUGUUGCUGUAUCUACAUGUGUAAUUGUACUUCGCCGAUUUUAUUUUCGGAUAUUUUGGAUAAUCCUCAUGGGCGUAUCGUGACCAGGCGCUGUCCAUGGAUUCACGACAAGUAGGUGCAUGUGGUAUGGAGAUCCUGGAGCAACGUCGAUAACCACAGCUCACGAACCAGCGGUCCGAUCGGCCCAUUCCGAGGCAGGCAGAGGGCGAAGCAGAAAGUGAAC